AAAUCAUUUAGCCCUGCUGGACAUCAGUACCGUCACUGUAAUACGGUUGGUGGAGUUAUUAAGAAUUAAUUAAUGAAGUUAUUAAGAAUAUAUGAAAGAGUCACGAAUCCGGGUCCAAGCCCAGCUGCGCUCAGAAAGGCUCCACCAGUUCUGAGACCAUCUAAGUUUCCCUCAGAGCCAGGAAACCCUCCUGCCAGGGAAAUUAGUAUCAGAGGACCUGAGUGGACCCAGUAGCAACAUCAUGGAAUUGGAAAAGCUUUCAAAUGGCAUCCCUCUCCCUGAGCAUGUGACCACUGAACCUAGGUGUACAGAUGAAGAUGUGAUUGCUUUGCCAAGGUGUCAUGAUUCUGAAGCCACUCCAGAAGAACAUGAGGAGUUCCUACCUCAAAACCAGAGUCAGGUUAUUGAUUUUGUUGGAAAGACCUCUUUGGGAAUGUCCAUCUUCAACCUCAGUAAUACCAUCAUGGGUAGUGGAAUUCUGGGCUUAGCAUACGCCAUGGCCAACACUGGGAUCAUCCUCUUCGUGAUUCUGCUGACCAGUAUCGCCGCCUUGUCUGCUUACUCAAUUCACCUUCUCCUAAGAAGCGCCACUAUUGUGGGGAUCCCUGCCUAUGAACAGCUGGGCAAUCAAGCCUUUGGUGCUUGGGGGAAAGUGCUGGCAGCUUGUGUCAUCACCAUAUACAACAUCGGAUCCAUGUCUACCUACCUCUUCAUUGUGAAGUCUGAGCUGCCACUGGUUAUUGGAGCCUUUGUGGGAACCACAUCAACCUCCGGAGAGUGGUAUCUGAAAGGGGAUUACCUGAUCGUCAUUGCCAGCCUGAUAAUUAUCAUGCCUCUUGCUCUCAUGCGGCAGCUUGGAUACCUUGGGUACAGUAGUGUACUCUCCUUGACAUGUAUGGUGUUCUUCCUCAUCUCCGUAAUCUACAAAAAGUUUCAUGUCGGAUGUCUUGUAGAAGACCACAACCUGACCCAACCCUUAACAGUUAUGAUCAACAGCACCAGUGAAGACAAUGUGUGCGAGGCCAAACUCAUCACGUUUAACUCAAGGACAGCAUAUGCCAUUCCAAUUAUGGCGUUUGCCUUUGUCUGCCAGCCAGUGGUUCUGCCCAUCUACACGGAACUCCGGAAGCCGACGCAGAAGCGCAUGCAGAGAGUUGCUAACAUCUCCGUCUUAGCAAUGUUUGUCAUGUACCUUCUCACAGCUGCCUUUGGCUACCUCACCUUCUAUGAUAAUGUGCAGUCGGAGCUCCUCCAUACCUACAAGGGAGACAUUGCAGACAACCUGAUUGUCUGUGUGCGUUUGGCUGUGCUCAUGGCUGUGACCCUCACAGUGCCCGUGGUCAUCUUCCCCAUCCGGAGAGCCCUGCUUCAAAUCUUCUUUGCUGACAAGCCUUUCAGUUGGGUGCGGCACAUUGUAAUGCCAAUCGUCCUGUUGGUCUUUGUCAACAUCCUGGUCAUCUUGGUACCCAACAUCAAAGACAUCUUUGGAGUCAUUGGAGCCACAUCAGCGCCCACCCUGAUCUUCAUACUUCCAGGAAUAUUCUACAUAAGAAUUGUCCCUGAGAAUCUGGAACCACUGAACUCCAGACCAAAGAUUCAGGCUGCCUGUUUCGCAGCUGUAGGAUUCUUGCUUAUGGUUGUGAGCAUAUUCUCCAUCAUUAUGGACUGGGCGUCUGGAGAAAACCAAAACAUAGGUGGACACUAACACAUCACCAGCAGCCAAAGACAUGAAGGAAGGACAGCACAUCCCUACACUACUGGAAGACCAUUCUAAAUCAUGCACGUCUUUGGCUGUGAUAAGGGUGACAAGGGUAAUAAGGAUGUUAAAGAAUAGCAGAAGGAUGCAUCCUCCACAGUGAAACUGUCCAACCAAAAUGGCCAAAUCAACUGUUCUGGUAUCAGCAUUUUUAUCAGAAGCACAAUUUUAAGGAAAAUGUGGGAAGUUACAUAGCCCAGCGCUUGAAGCAUUCGCUUUUUGUUGCCUCUUAUAUCAAAUUGAGGCCACUACAAUCAUCACUUUGCAAGGCUCACGAUGAAUCCUGCAUGCUGAGGACGGUGAAGAAGGCAGGGCCAAACCUGGUCCUCCAGUUCCCCAUGUGUGCCAGGCCACAGGGACACGCCUCCAACCCGGAAGCAUGCUGUAACUUUUCUGCUUGGGUGGACAAGGGCAAAUAGCAAGGAGUGGCUUGGUAGGGGGAGUGGCUUGGAAUGGGGAGUGGCUUAGAAGGGGGAGUGACUAAGAGUGUCAGAGAUUCCAUUGGUCGAGGCUGUUCAUUCUCAUGACUUUGGAAACACAUGGAAGGGGUAACGUCGUUAAAUGCGGACAUAGUACUAGGCAAAAGAUGAAAGAUACUGUGAUUUUGACAAGCCGUAGGUGAUGGCAGAUAACUGUCAGUAGACUAUCCUUGGCCUCAUGUAUUAUGAAAAUUUGUUUUAAUUCACCCCUGUAAUUGUGUCAUUUCAUGUGUCAAUCAUUUCAUUUUCAUGCUCAACUUUUUACAGAAAUAAAGUAUUUUUUUUUCAAAAUUUUCAAAA